CAGACACGAGCGACUCUCUGCUCUUAAACUGUGGGAGCAGCUGUGACACGGUGACGCUGCUUCAGUCCUCCGGCUCCUGAUUGGUGGUGAGCGGCUCUUCCAGUGCGAGGCCGCCGCUGGGUGAUCCCCCCUCUGCUGCUCUGCUCUGGUUGGUCUGGCAGGAGUCUCCCGCGCUUUCGUGGACAUAUAAACGAGGGUUUGAGCUAUCUGAGUCACAGUUUCUCUGAGUUUGUCAGAAAAAUCUAGUAAAAAUUAACCAUGUCAGGAAGAGGCAAAACCGGCGGAAAAGCCCGCGCUAAGGCAAAGACCCGCUCCUCUCGUGCUGGACUCCAGUUCCCGGUCGGUCGUGUUCACAGGCUGCUGCGCAAAGGUAACUAUGCUCAGCGUGUGGGUGCCGGCGCCCCCGUCUACCUGGCCGCUGUGCUCGAGUAUCUUACCGCUGAGAUCCUGGAGCUGGCUGGAAACGCCGCCCGCGACAACAAGAAGACCCGUAUCAUCCCCCGCCACCUGCAGCUGGCCGUCCGCAACGACGAGGAGCUCAACAAACUCCUGGGCGGAGUGACCAUCGCUCAGGGCGGCGUGCUGCCCAACAUCCAGGCUGUUCUUCUGCCCAAGAAGACCGAGAAGGCCGCUAAGUCCAAGUAAACCACAGCAACUCCACAAACAA